AAAAGCUCUCUCUUGCUUUCUCUUCCUCUCUCUCUCUCUGAAAGCGAUUCAGCCUGUUGGAGACCAUCUUAAUUGUGCAGUUUUAUUACUUGGAAGGAAACAACACCUGCAGACAGCUUGUGCGUAAGCUAGUUGAUGAAGUGCACCAAAAUGCCCGGUCAGAUCACACCCUACAGGCCACAAAAUGUAGCAGACGACAAGGUCCUUUGUGUCAAUUUGAGGACACAAGGAGCCAAAGUUGCAGAAAAGCGUUUGAAUAAAACAAAGAAGGGGACGUUCCCCAGCAACGGGAGCCCCGCUGAACGCAGCGAAUGGUGGAAUAACCUCAAAGAGGGUGAAAAGAAAGCCAAACAGGCCAUGGCCAUCAUGGCUUCAGAGUACGACCCAGCAAUAAAGAGGCUGGACAGGUGCGAAAGGAAACUGUUAGGGCUUGAGACUAAGAUGAAAUCUCAAGAAGAAGAGAUUGACUCGCUGAAAAUAAAACUCCGAAAACAGGAAGAGGAAAACAAGCAGCUGAGAGAUGCGAUAGCCGAAGCUCAAGCUAGCCAACGUUUGAAAAAUGAGGAGACCAACUUGUUGAGGCAAAGAGUCAAGUCUGAUGAUGAAGAGAUCCAGUCAUUGAGGCUGCAGCUCAGGUCUGUCAAUGAAGAGGUUGAGUCGUUGAGGCAACUCAAGUAUCCAGGAACAUCACAAGAUAUAGUUGUACGGAAUCAAACCUCUCCCCAUAACUCUAGAGAUGUGGCACGCUCUGGACAACCAGUGGUGCUCGUCAGUCCAGACCAGACACAACUACUUCAUCCCAUUAAGCUCCUUGAGGCCCUCCCUGACUUAGAGAUGCACAACUCCAACCAUGAGUUCUGGAAGAAGAUAAAAGAGUGGAUUGCCGUUGGAGUGCCUCCUCAACAAGUCUUUAGCUUGAUCAAGGCAAAAUGCCCUUCAGAAAUUUGGAAGGUAGUAGUGAAGGACAUCAAUGAAAACGACUUCCAGGAAAUCGACUUCUACAACUCUGCGCAAGUGGAGAGACUGUUGUGCAAGUUACGUAAGAGCAUGUCAGAAGCUCUGGGGUCAGGGAUAAAACUCUACAGUUUGUACAGCUGCAGACUCCAGAAAGAGGAUGAAUCCUUUGAGGACUACAUCAAGGAUAAGUUCAGGCUAUAUUGCUCAUACGGACAUGAUGUGGACAACAAGGACCCGGACGUCAAUGACCAGCUAUUCCUCUUCAAUGCCUUAAAUGAUGCAACCAAAGAAUAUCAAGAGUUCAAUAAGUUUCAGUAUCCCACAAGUUAUGAGGACAUGAUGAACCGGGCUGCUGCUUUAGAGAGCUAUAAGCUUGACGCUCAGAGAAGGAACGAGUGUGUCAACUGUGGCAAGAGUGGCCACACUAAAGCACGGUGCAGGAGGCCAGGAGGGGGCGCUGAGGCUGGUCCAAACGAAUGCUUCAGGUGUGGGAUUCGUGGCCACCGGGAGAGAAAUUGCCGGAAGUAGAUGAAGAGCAAGUCCACUGCACUGCUAGAAAUAAAGGGGCUGUGCAGACCACAGAACUUUCACAACGCUCUGUGCUCAAAGACCAACCACUGAUGAGGGGUCAGAGGAUGGAAAACACACACUAAACAUACGGGCUGCAGUCUCUAAUUAUACACCAGCAAGGUGGAGCUACAGAGAAUUCUACUCUUCCCUGUUAGAAAUAAAGGUUCUGU